AUGUCCGACCAACAUUCAUUCAGGUCCCUCCUCUUUCAUCUUUCUGAUGUUACCGUCAAAGCUCCAAUCUCAGACACCUCUUUCUGGUCCAUUUAUUGGUCGUCCCCAACUUCGGCCAAUCAAAUUUUCUCGGCUUUAACACCACAUGAAAUUAGAUAUCUUCGUGAUUCGAAUCUUCACAACUAUACGAGCUUCCUACAUGCUGUCGCUUCUCAUUUCGUUCAUUUGGCAUCAUCUUCAAAGUCUCCACUGGCCACUUUCCCUACUAGACAUCUCCUUAACUCUGCCAGAAUCCUCACAAAGUUCCUUCCCUACCUCUAUGAAAUAGACACCCUUGCACCACUUGAGAAAAAUCUUUUUUGGUCUCUUAACUAUGCACCUAACGACGAUCCUGGCUCUUCUACAACCGAUGCUACCGUUGGUUCUGCUUCUUCCCACUUCUCCUCAUCGAACGAUAUCUCUUCUCAUGACUCCACAAAUGUUCUCGUUGAUUUUAACAAAAAUUCGGCCGAUUCUGGAGAUUCCACAAAUGUCCGUUUUGAUGACCAAUCAGAUUCCUUUAUUUUACCUUUAGGUGCUCAAUUGGUCAAUUCUAUCACCAAACUUCUAUUUGUCUCUACAUUUACCACUCCUUCUCCUGCCGGCAACCCCCAGCAAUAUAUGAAUAUGCAGGAUUUCACUCUCUGGGAGGCAGGAGUGGGCGGUAAAAACGACGGUCGCGUGUUAGAUGAUCGUGUGAUAUUUGAUCACGUGUUUGUUGAUCUUGACUCUCAUCGUUUGGAGUUAUUACGACUUCUUCUUUGUCUAUGUUCUCAAUGCCUUUAUUUACAGGUACCCACAGUGGUUCCACAAGGCUCUAGAUAUUUAACAUGGCUUGUUUCAUGCACAGAUAAGCUUACCCUGUUAUCAUUACUCUCUUCAUUAAUUAAUGUCACGUGCCGAUCGACACGUGAGAAUGUUUCAUCUCUGACCUCGAACGAAAAUGGUUUAAGCUUGGAAGUGCCACUUUACAAGGAUUUGAGGACUUUGUACGUGACACAUUGCAUCCAGUUGCUUACAUUGAUGCUGGUAUAUCCGAUCCCACGUGACGAUGUCGUUUUUUUAAAGAGAUAUAUGGACCAAUCAAUGUCUGACAAACCUAUAAACCUAGCCAGAUACUAUUGUGGACGACUCUAUAAGCCUACAGAGAUAUCUGUGCUCAAAAGAGGACUUGUUGAUUGUAUACUGAGACCCGUUGAUGGUGGUAGUACGGCCACAACGUCGUUUUCAAACUGGAUGAAGACCAAAUUGAUCUCAAAUGACCCUUUGAUAUGGUCCAGUGAACUUCUCAUGCUUUUCUGGGAGUUCUAUCAGGUCAAUAAAAAGUUCCGGUCCGUUGUUACUUGUAAAUAUGGACCUAAGCUUCUUAUGGCUCUUCUCUAUAACGUUUGGACCAAUAAAAUGGUGGAUAAGCAGCGAAAUACCGUUAGAUUGUCUCUCUAUUUGAUUCUUUUCCUCAUGUCUGAUCCUCAGAUGUCUUGUCAGUUACUUAUGCCAAUUGAUAAGAAGUUCUACAGCGAAAUGCCUCAAAAUUACAGACUUUCCGUCGCCCCAACUACCUAUAGAGACUUUUUGGUUAGUCAAUUGUGUAAUAUCACCUGUUCUGAGUGUCCUACCAGUCUCUAUCCGAUUCUUGUACAGUUGGUGUAUAACUUGGUUCCGUUGGCGGCUUUAUAUAUUGAUAAAGAAGCUGCACCAACGGAAAAUAGGCGUCUUUCACAGCGUGAUUUGGUCUCAGGACUCACUCCACCUCGUGAACUCUCUUAUGCUGCAUCCUCUAGUCUUGUACAACUCGUUAAUAAGUUGUCUGGUGUUGGUUUCUUGUCUGCCAAUCCGAUUCAUCCUGAUUUGUUGGCUUUAGUGAUCAGAUCUAUCUGUCAUUCCUUUUGUAGAGUUCCUCAGCAUAGUACAUUACUUUUAUAUGUGAUCACCAAGAGUCGUGGGGUGUUUAAUAACGUUUCUACUGGCAUCUGUGAGUUGUCUGAUCGUCGGCAGCAGCAGCAGCAGCAGAAGCAGCAGCCACCACAACAACAACCCGCAACACAACAGCCACCACAGCCACAAUCUGGUAUAAACAUCUCCGAUAUUGACUCUAGGACAUCCGCUAAUCACUCUAGAGACAGCUUUUCUUCUCCAGUUCCUCCUCCUUUUAAUAGACGAGAAUCUGAGCUAUCUACCGUAUCGUCGCAGUACUCACAGUCGGCAGAUGAGCUUAUUGAAAGUCUUACAUUGGCAGAAAGUCGUGGAAGUGAGUGUAAUGAGGAUCUGGUAUCGAGCGUUCGAGUCCCAAGCGCCCCAGGAGCUACAGAAACUUCGGAAUCGCCUGAAACACCUGAAUAUCCAUCUUCAGAACACGUAAAUUCGCCUGAAAUCGACCCCUUGGACGAAGAUCUACUCAAAUCCCGACUUCCAGUGGGUAUGUCAGAACAUGCCAAGAGUAAACAGCCUCUUUUUGCAUCGUUGGAAUCGACAUGGUCAGGAAAACAGGCACUCAAAACGAUUCUACAAGUGACAGAAUAUAUAUGCGAUCACGUGACCAUCAAUCCUAGUGUUUAUGAUACAUCAGGAAUCGUCAAUCGUAUUGCAGCACUUGAAAUUGAUAAGUUUAUUGCUCAGCAGCACGUGAUCGACGAGUACGACCCUGAAAAAACGUCUUUUGACCCGCUACGAUUUUCCUGGUCACCUCUUUCGCUAGGGUGGUAUGAAGCGGUUCUCUGGGCUUCCAUAUACUCUAAUUAUAAUGUCGUAGGAGGUAAGAAGCUACUAACGGAGAUUUCUACGUCUAUCAAGCGCAUUGGCUGGGGGCUCUGGGGCAACAAUUCAACUGACGAUUCAAUGAGUUCUUCCUCAUCUUCUGAUGGAAGUUCGUCCCUUUCGUCUUCUAGACUGGACGAUUCACAGCUCAGAUCUGUGGCUCAGUCAUCUAUGACCCAUUCGGGUAUUUGGAGUGGUACAUUUAUUCAUCUCUUCCAUGUUAAAAUACCUGUAUCUACUGCUCAGAGGGCCAGUCAGACAUCUGUCGACGCAAUUAGUGAUGGUAUUAAUGCCGGAGUAGGAUAUAGAAGGCACUUUUGA